AUGUUUCGAGGGGCGUUCCUGUUAUUUAUCGUGUGCUGGGUCAGUGCUGAGAGGUGCUAUUGGAACGCAGAAUGCCCUUACCUUAUGUAUUCGACCAAGACCCCGUACGACACAGUCCGAGGUGACAUCAGGGAUCACCCGAAACUGGAGAAUUGCGAGGCCGUCAGCAUAUGGUCGCUGCACAGACACGGAAACCGCAACCCUGGCUCCAGCGUCACGGAGAGCAUUAAGGGGGUAGCAGGCUUGAAGGAUGAGAUCAUCAGAAGUUUCGAGAGCGGCAGAGGGCAACUAUGCUCGCAGGAGAUUGAAGAUUUCCGCAAAUGGAAAUGGAACGAAACCCUUGAGGUGUCACAGUCUUUCCUCACUGGCACUGGCUACGAGGAGCUCUACGAUAUAGCCAAACGCAUCAGAGAAAGGUACCCUCAUCUGCUUCAAGGUCCCGAUGGGAAGUAUUACUUCAGAAGUACCAACGAGCAGCGUACUGUCACCAGCGGAAUGGCCUUCGUUCACGGCCUCGCUGAAGGCACCAAUCUGAAUCUCACUGUGGACGGACCCUGGGAGAGAGAUGAUAUCAUUCGACCAUAUCAGAACUGUGAUAGAUACCAAAUUGACGUGAAAGGUGGCCAACAGCUUGUAGAUGAGAUGGCAGCAUAUUUUAGUACUGAUGAGUUUAAAGUUGUCCAGAGAAAUGUGCAGGAGCGUCUCGGCAUACAAACCCAGUUGUCUUCAGACGAUGUUUAUGCUUUGUACGAGAUAUGCCGCUUCUACAGAUCCUGGACGGCAACGAAACAGUCUCCCUGGUGCGCCGCGUUCUCGGACCAGGAUCUCGUAGUCUUGGAGUACAGGGAUGAUGUACGGCAUUAUCACAGAAAUGGAUAUGGAUCUUGGGUAAACGUCAACUUGGGCGGGCCCGUGCUUAAGGAUCUGUACGAGAGCUUCGACGCUGUCAUUAAUGGCGCCGGCAGGAACGUGGUGUCUUACUUCACGCACGACACCAUGCUGGAGAUGGCCUUCUGCGCCAUGGGCUUGUUCAAGGACGCAGCUGCGAUCAGAGGCUCCGUGAGGAAUCCGAACAGGCUCUGGAAAACCAGUCAAAUUGCAUCGUUCUCUGUGAAUUUUAUCGCCGUUUUGAACAGUUGCCAAGAGUCGGGCACACAGACGUAUAGGGUGCAAUUCUUCGUCAACGAACUGACGUCAGAUCUGUGCCCUCACGCUGGCUGCACUUGGGAGCAGUUCCAGGGCAUGUUCCAGAAGUUCACAUCUUCGAACCUGGACUUCUGCAGCUUAAGCUAUACGGCAGAUGAGCCAGCAAGCGACAGCGCUCCUCGUUUACCUUUGGGGCAGGAGGAGGGGGGCGCGUGGCGCCGGUGCGGGGGUGGGGGGCGUGUCUCUGUGCUCGCGGCGCGGCGCGCGCACUCCUCCCCCGGCCUCCAACGCGAUACAUACUCCAUGGCAAUAAAUUAUCAUAAA